CUUUGCUGUUACACAAGAAGCGAGCAGGCAGCCGGGAGCAGUUCAGCAUCCUUCCCCCUUCUGGUGCAUCGGAAGCUGAUGGAAGCAAGAGUGCCAUAAAGAAAUGGGCUAGAUGUUUCCAGAGGCUGAAAUCUGAAGGCAUUUGAAGGUGCCCACCAAGACUAUCACUAUGUCCGAAGGAGAUUAUGAUUAUCUGAUCAAACUCCUGGCACUGGGAGAUUCCGGUGUGGGGAAGACGACAUAUCUUUAUCGAUAUACUGACAACAAGUUCAAUCCCAAAUUUAUCACAACAGUUGGAAUAGACUUUAGGGAAAAGCGUGUGGUUUAUAACACACAGGAACCAAAUGGAACCUCAGGGAAACCAUUUAAGGUGCACCUUCAGCUGUGGGACACGGCCGGACAAGAGCGAUUUCGGAGCCUUACCACUGCAUUUUUCAGAGACGCCAUGGGUUUCUUAUUAAUGUUUGACCUCACCAGUCAACAAAGCUUCUUAAAUGUCAGAAACUGGAUGAGCCAACUGCAAGCAAAUGCUUAUUGUGAAAAUCCAGAUAUUGUGUUAAUUGGCAACAAGGCAGACCUGCCAGACCAGAGGGAAGUCAAUGAACGGCAGGCCCAGGAACUGGCAGACAAGUACAGCAUACCAUAUUUUGAAACAAGCGCAGCAACGGGCCAGAAUGUGGAGAAAGCAGUGGAAACCCUUCUGGACUUAAUCAUGCUGCGAAUGGAACAAUGUGUAGAGAAAAGUCAAGUCCUUGAAGCCAUCAAUGGUGGGAACUCUGGAAUACUAGAAGGAGAAAAACCAGUGGAGAAAAAAUGUGCCUGCUAGGCUCUAUCAAGGAGGCGAUCAUUCAGACACUCACCCAAUCCUGCUUCCCCAGUGAGAAACCACGAAAUUAUUGUUGAGUAGACCAUGCACAAUAGCAUGUCUUUCUUUUUCUGCCAGGAAAUUUAUUUUAAGAAGCCAGAAUAGUCAUCAGUGCUCAAAAGAAUUGACCAGUUUUCUCUGAGGCUCCUCCCAACAAGAGCCAGGCUUUCCUACUGGGAUUUCACCAUUAUGGAUGCCAAAUACAUUCUUCUUAUAAUGAAGAUGAGUAAAUAAAAGUGUAUACAUGAAGAUAUCACAGUUUUAAAUAAGAACAAAAGUUACCUGCCACACUGAGGAAUGGAAUAAGUUUCUAAAUAGAGAAUGCAGAAAUGUAUAUGUAUAGUUAUUUUUAAGAUUUCAUUUACUUGUUUUAUAAAAUUUGAUUAGACUUUUGGGUUUGCAUUGGGGGUAACUAUUAGGUAUAAGUAGAUCUAUAGUAAAGAAUUGUUAAUGGGUCAUUAAGAAUGAUAUUAACACAUGUAUCUAAAAAAACUGUUCUUGAAUGACUAAAUUCCUUUAUGGGCAUAAGAGAAUGAAUGUUAGACUCCUGCUAAAAUAUAAAAGAUUAAAUGAUCAUGCCAUUUUUUAAAUUUUAACUAAUGGCAAGAAGAUAAGAACAAGACGAUGUGUGGAUAUGGAUGACAUAUUACAAAAUAAAAACCCUGGGAGAAAAAUGGAAGAUUGGGACCCUGGCCUUCGGACUAUUGGAAUUAAAUGUAUCUGCUACAGAUGUCUAGGGGAGUUUCUUAACCAAAUUUCACUCAAUCCAAUUAGAAGUUGACCUUAUCAGUUGGGAUUAAGAGAAUCUUUGGAGCUAUCCAUUUCAAACAAAACUUUAAAAAUACUUCCAUACUCAGUCUCACUUUUAUGUCUCUUGGUAAAUGGUGAUUAUCACAAGUAAAAAAAUUUAAUUAUUAUUUAUUAAAUAGCUCUCAAACAAUGCAGCUAUUUAGACCAUUUAGCUGAAGAAGGCUACCAAGCCUUAAUAUUUUAAAGAAAAAUUUGCUAGUGACAUAAGAUGAAGAGGCUAUUAUGCAUUUCUUCUUAAUUGACAAAAAUAUCUUGGAAAUUCUAAAAGUCAUACUUCUCCUCUCUAACCCAUACUCACCCCUGGUUUGGAGUCAACUGUAAAAAUACAGAUGUGUCCAUUAACAGAUAAAUAAAAAAUGAUGGAACAUAAUAAUUAUGGAUCAAUUUUAUGAUCACUCUGAAUUUCCAUGUUAUUAGUCAUACAAAAGCUGAUGAUACAUCAUAGCGUAUCACAACAUAUUCACAUUCGUCUUUUGUUUCAUAAAGUAAAAUACCCCUAGUUGAGUAAUAAAUGAGGGUUGGCAGAGAUAGAACUGUUUCCUAUUUGCAAAAUAUUAAUCACUAUUUUUCACAUAAAGAUUUAUUUCCUUUUAAAAAUUAUUGCAAGAGCAUUUCCAUUAACCUGUUUCAAUUGUGUCUAAUUAAAUAGUCUAUUAGUUUUCACAUUAAUUUCUGAUAAACAUAAAUCACUGUAUAUCCGCAAACAUCCAAUAAAAAACAUUGUACUUCAAGUUUCCUCUUUUUAUAACUAUAUAAUUUUCAAUACACUAUUUCUUCAUAAAUUUUUGCCAGUUUAACUGCAUUUUUUAUACUCUGCAGAUUUUAUAAAUAUUUGAAAGUCUAAAUUCCAAUUCUUCCUUUUACUUUUCCCUACUACUCCCUCCACCCCUGCUGGUAUUGAAUUAGUUUUAUGAACAUAGAUUCAGCAGAUUGUCUAUUCAUACUAUUCUAAUGAAUACUCUGACCCAGAGUGUGCCAUGAAUCAGAACAGUGUGGAAGUUUUGAUGGAGUUAAUACCUUGUGUUGUUCCUAAUGCUCAGUUCUGGGUUUCCACAGCACCAUCUCAACAUCUAAGGAGGAAGUAGGGUUGUGUGUGCCGAACAACGGGAUUUUUUAUCUCUGAUGUUCUUUGUGACCAUGUGGCUAUGCCAUGAAGAUAGAAAGCUUUUCAGUGAUAUCAAAGAUUUUUUUCUCUAAAACAACAAGAAAGAAGCUGGGGCUAUAGCUCAGUGGGAGAGCUUGCCCUGGAAGUGUGAGGUCCUGAAUUCCAUCCACAAUGAUAAAAGCAAAAACACUAGAAGAACAAAGAGCAGAAACAAAAUGAUUACUGAUGUGGGAGCAUUGGGUGAACUUUUGUGGUAAUUUCAGUAAUUUCAUCAAUUUCUUAGGAUUCAAGUUUUUAUGUUUUCUUAUUUCCAUAAUAGGGAAUGUUUAUUUAGCCUUUAUAAAACCUUAGAGGUAUUCUAUUUUGCACAGUUUUUUUGUUUCUGUUCAUUUUUCAGUUAUUUGAUUGAUUUACUUUUACUAAGAUUCUGUAGUAGUAAGUUACCUAACAAGUAUAUUUAUUUGGAAUCUAUUUUAAGAUUUUUAAAAUAACUAUUGCAUGAAACAGGGUGUUGAUGAUCUUAAUAAUAGAAAACUUGCCUACAAAAUAAUUUUGUUAGGUAAUAAUUUUAUAAAUAAUGAAAUUUAAGACAGACAAGAAAAGUAAUUUAAAAUAGUAUUCUAUUCUCUGUUAUUCUCAUUUUUGGUAGAUUUUCUUUAGUCAGAGAGGUAGCACAGGGGUUUAGGCAUUUUUCUUGCAUGUGGCCAACUUGGAUUUAAUACUAGAUGCCACAUAUGGUCCUUCAAUACUACCUAGAGUGAUCCCUGAGCACAGAGCCAGGAAUAAUCCCUGAGAACUCUCAGGUGUGUCCCAAAGCAAAAAUCCUUGAAUAUGCAGUAUACGUAACCAUAAUAGAUAAUCUAAAAUUAUAUAUAUUAACUGUCACUAGAAAUUCUUUCUCUGGUAUUUCAGAAUAAAUUUUUCUAUGUAAUUAAUCAUUUUAUAAUUUCAGCUUGAACUGGUGCCAUGAAGUAAAUAUAUUGCUUUCACCCAUAAUAGUAUGUAUGCCACGAAGAUGUAAACUUGAUAAUUUCCCAAAUGCUUUAGUAAAUCAAGCAUACAUUGUAAGAGUAUUUUUUAAAUGUACAUGACAUUUAUUUCUGAUAUACAAACCAUUUCUGGAGUGUUUACAAUAGUUUGAUGUUUACAUUGUUUUAACACAGUGCCUCAGACAAUUCUGUGACCAAAUUUGUCUCUAAUCACAUGGAACAUUUCCUAUAGUGUAUCAAAACCUCACAGAGACACUAAUGCAACUCAAGGUCUUCUGAUGUCUUCAGUAUAGAAUUUUAGAUUAUCGGAAUCUGGAGGUUAUUACUAACAUUUUCUGCUUUCUACUUUACUGUUCAUGGAGUAGACAUUACUUGAGAUACUUAAGUUUGAUUAGAUACAAGCUUACCUUUUAAUAUAAAAAGAAAGAAUACUUUAUAACAAAAAUUGAAAAGCUACAAUGUUUGUCUUUGUAUGAGGAAGGGAAAAUGUCAUGAAUAACCAAGAAAAUAUUGAACACUAAGAUAUGAGAUUAUGGGUCUCUACAUAAAACUUGUAAAAAUCUUGCAAAUCAUCUCUCUAAACAAUUUUCUCUUGCCACUAUUUUAUUAGUUACCUGCAAAAACAUUUAACCAGCAUUUUGUAAAGCAAAUAGUUUACCUGUUGUUUGUAAUCAGAUGGGCUAUUGUAAGUAUUAGUGGGCAUCUUUGUUAUGAUGUUAGUAAGUGUUUUUCCCUUAAAUAGACAAGAGCUUUACAGGUCGUUAUCUCUUUUACAACAGAGAGAAUUUGAUGAUAGAGAAAAUAGCUAACAAAAACUAGUUUUAAAACAAUUAAUAAAAGACAAAUAUUACUUAAACUUUAAAUGGAGUCUACUAGGAGUUAAUAAGUUUGAUGAAGUUCAAAUAUGUUUUCAAUAAUGGAGAUAGGAUAGGAAUUAAAGAGAAACAAUGUAUAAUAGCUAAGGUAUGUAGCUAGUUAUAUUAUGAAGUCCAGAAGCUUAUUCCAAGAUUGUUCACUGUUCUAUCCCUAUCAUUUCAAAAGGGAAUAUAUAUGUUUUUCUUAUGCUUUCAAACACUUUCAGGAGAAAUCUAAAACUCAAACUGCAAAAAAUAAUAUUGAAUAGUUGGCUUUCUAAAUUACUAUCUCUUUAAAAGAAAUACUUGAUUGCUGAUAUUAACAAAAUUGAUAACAAAGUUGUCUUUCACCAUCUAUUACCAGGCUUUCAAACUUUAAAAGAAGUCAAAUACAUUUGAAAUUUUUUAGGGAAAACUAUCUCUUUAAAAAAUGCCAAACGUUGUUUAUAUUAAAAAUACUAUCUAAUAACAAUAAGUUAUAUUUUCUUCUUAAUCUUUGAUCAGAAUAUCUGGAGAGAGUGUUGCAUUCUUAAACAUGUAAAAUAAAUGUACAAUAUUAUCUGAAGUGAUAAUUAAUAUUUUUAAAACCAUGAAGAUUCUUGUCUUAUAACGUUUAACUGAAAAACUCAGUGUUGGAUAUACAGGGAAUUUAACAAACUGCCUUAGAAUUUUGGGUGGACACCAAUGGUGAAGACAUUGUUAAGCAAGGACUAUAAAGAGAAUCAUAAGUUAAAAGUUGUGUAAGUAGAAUUCUUAGCAAUGGUAGAACAAGGCCAAUGUUAAAGUAGGAAAAUAAAAAUGAAUUAAGAAGAAAAAAUAUUUUUAUAACUAGAUAUAUCUCAAAUAUUAAUCCAUCAUUUUAAUCUACUAAAUAGAAGUUUAUGCCCUUACAAUGAAGAUAACAAAUUAUUGAAACACUAAAGAGUUCAUUCUGACACAAAAUUGGGGAAAUAAACAUUUUAUUAGAUCAAAUUUGAUAAACUGGUUUCUGAUUAAUUUUUUAUGGGCAGUCUCACAUCUUUCUUUAGUGUUCUGUUUACCAAGUCUAAUCUAUAGAUUAGAAAAUAUAUAUAAAAUAUAGGAAUAAUUUUCUCUAUAUAUAGAAAAAUGGCUACACAUUUUUUAAAAAUUAUAGGUAGAAUAUUAAAACAAAAAAUUAGACCAUAACAGUGGGAUUAUUUAAAAGGUGCCAUCUUGGUGAGAAAUAUGCAGAGCAAUUGUCUUUGGAUUGGGUCAUUUUAAUUUGGUUCUUGGUUCUGUUUCUUUCCAGCAGGUAAUGGAAGUACGGCUAAUAUCGUUUAGCCAACGCCUUUAAGCAUCAAUAGCAAAUUCUUUAGGAGCCAAAAUGUCUGUCCUUAACCUAAUGGAUCUCUUAUUUAACCAGUGAGUGUUGUCUUUAAGUCUGUUGGCUCACCAAAAUAACUUUGGUCCUUAGCAAAGUAUUAAUGCAUUCAUAUUCUUACUUUUCUACUCUCCAGGUUAAUAUUUCAAAUGCUUCUUGAGAGGAAGCUUAGUAUUGUAUAACAGACGGUAACUAGAAAAAAAAAUUGGAGAACCAUAGGUAUUUUAUUAAAUAUCUUAGUGGCCAUUUUGUCGUCUGGAGCUUUUAAACCCUGUGUGUCCAAUAGGGUCGUGCCAAAAUCAAAGAAUAUAUGCAAGAAAUUGGUUUGUAAAUUCUAUACCAUUUCAUCAACUGUCAUUAUUAUUGCAAGCUAAAAAUUGAAUAAAAAUAAUAGUCAUAUUUGAAUAACUUGUAAAAAGUAUCACAGUGGAGAUGGAAAACUAAUUUUAGUAGAAAUUUUAGAAGCCAUAAGAGUAUAAUCAAUUUAAGGUCAUAGUAUUUGAUUGAGAAAUGGUUAAUAUAUUUCAAAUGAUUUUGAAAACUGAGUUGUUUCAUCUUGUAUGUCAUUUAAAUUUCUCUCAUGGAGUCCAGUUCUAUUCUAAACAGAAUAUUAAAAGUUGGUCAAAAUCCUUUUUCUGUAAAAAUAGGGCUUUUGUGUCCAAAGUCUUCUAAAGGAAACUGUCUGAAAUUAUUUUUAAAAGGGGAAUUAUCCUGCUUUUCGUGUCAAAGGUAUACAGUGCUUCAACUUAACACUCCAGUGCUUCACUGUAUCCUGAUUUUUAAGUGAUAUUAUCCUAGUUUUUAGGCUAAGCACGUUCGAUUGUUUUGUCUGUCAUCUACAUCAAUGUUUUGUCUAGUGCUGUGAAUGUAACCUGAAACUUUAGACAUGGAGCUUUCAUUCUCUGUGCCCCUAAAAACUGUGGUGCCUGACAAAACACUGUCCUGUCAGGUCAUUCUUUUCUUGUACCAAAGUUCUAGUGUUUUCAGAAAUUAUCGCAUCCAAUGAUUUUGUGGUGUUUGGGGGCUUAAACACUAUGAUUGAGAACUGUAUUUCAGUUACUGCUUCUGCACACUUUUCAAAUAAAAAUGCAUUUUUA